CAACAGCUCCAUAGGAACGUUGUAGUUCUGAUUAGGAUCACACAAAGUCAACUUAAAAUAUUGAUAGACAUUUAAAGCAUUUUGCAAUUGACAUCGACCAGAGUCGUUUUUUUCCACCCGAUCGACGAAUUUAGACAUGUUUAAAUAUACCCUGAUUCCAUGACAGGGGUUUAAAACACACAGUUCCGGUAUAAACAACAGAGGUGGAGACGACUCCAAUACACAACGCAGAACCAGAAACCAUUUUCGCCUGAAGAUGCUCAAGAAAAGCGCGCCAAACAAUGGCGGAUGAUCUGGGGAGAACGCCCCUGAAUAAAUGGAACCUACUAAGUGGCGUGUUGCUAACACUGUUUGUACUCGGCAUUGGCGUGACAUUUCUAUUUAUUGGAAUUUUUGAGGAUAUCGAAGAUCUGGUUAUUUUAGGGUCCAUAUUUCUAGUGUUCACAAUUUUUGUAGGCAUUUGUGUUUUUUCAACAGUGAUCCGCCCUUACAUUAAGUCCGGGAGGGUAGAAGACGAGGAUUUUAUAAGGUCGUACAGUCACGAGAAUGUCGGGUUUUCUCGGAGUGAUAAUGACUUGAAGUCAACGGUUGCUUCUUUUGAGCGUAUUCAGAUUGGCAAUGAGCAGGAUGACGAAUCCAUCGACGGACACAGACGUGCGGAGAGUGUUAUCGUGGAUGUGAAAUCUAGAGUGAAUAGUGCUCACAGUUUGCAACGUCCGGUUGAAACUUACGGAAAGAAGAAACGUGUGACUUUCUACUGAGAUUAAAACGGGUAUGCUCUGACCUCAAAACUAAGCUUCAAAGUGGUGGAUUUUACCUCAAAAUGACGAGGAGAGGGAAUUUUCUUGAUAUUAAAACAAUAACAGCAAGGGAUGAACAUUGAACAGUUUUAUCAUAGUCUUAGAACAUCAGUUGGAAGAUAAUUUAUUUCUCUGUCUCAUUCGAGGUCUCAUAAUUUAUUGAGUUAUAUUCUAUAAAUUACUAGGUACUGGAGUAUUGUAAUAACGUUUUUCAUUUAGCCUUUAGGCGAGGCAUUCUGUCAAUUUAGUCUUUCCAUACAUAUCCAUCAAUUUUAUAUUUAUUUUUAACAUGAUCAUCCUCUCUUUGCAACAAAUUUGAAACAUGUCUACUUUGAGAUGUUCAUUACAAUGACAGAACAUUUCUAUUGA